AUGUCAAAUUUAACAGCUGCAUCAUCAACAUAUUUAGAUGAAGAUACUACAUGGGAUUCAUUGAAUUUAGAUCCAAGAUUGAUACAAGCAAUAGAUAAACUAGGGUUUGAAAAUCCAACAUUAAUUCAGAGUAGUUCAAUUCCAUUAGCUAUUGAUGAAAAAAGAGAUAUUAUAGCUCAAGCAUCAACUGGUUCAGGUAAAACUGCAGCUUAUUGUAUACCUAUAGUGAAUAAAAUAUUAACAGAAUCAAAUAAUGGAAUACAGAGUAUUAUAUUAGUUCCAACUAAAGAAUUGUCAAAUCAAGUUGCAAAAUUUUUAGAAGAAUUGAUAUCAUCCGCAGGUAAAAUCAAAUUGUUAAACUUAUCUACAAAUUAUAGUGAAACUGUUUUAAAUUCAUUAUUAUUGAAUAAACCAGAAAUUAUAAUAUCUACUCCUUCAAAAUUAGUACAAGUUUUAGAAAAAACAGAGACUGAUCUAAGUACAGUUUCAAACUUAACUAUUGAUGAAGUUGACUUAGUUUUGUCAUUUGGAUACCUUGAUGACUUGAAGACUUUGGAAUCUUAUCUUCCUAUAAAGAAAAAUUUACAAACUUUUUUAAUGUCAGCUACUAUAAAUGAAGAAAUUAAUGAUUUAAAAUCAAGAUAUUGUACUAAACCAGCAAUAAUAAAAUUGAAUGAAGAAAAUAAUCAAAAUAAUUUAGUUCAAUUUUAUGCUAAAACUACCGAAUUUGAUAAAUUUUUAUUAGCUUAUGUGAUAUUCAAAUUAAAUUUAAUCAAAGGUAAAUCAAUUAUUUUUGUAAAUAAUAUAGAUCGUGGUUAUAGAUUAAAAUUGUUUCUUGAACAAUUUGGUAUUAGAUGUUGUAUUUUAAAUAGUGAAUUACCUAUUAAUUCAAGAUUACACAUUGUUGAAGAAUUUAAUAAAAAUGUGUACAAUUUAUUAAUUGCAACUGAUGAAAGUGUUGAAGAUGAGAAUUCAAAGAGCUCUAAAAAAUCAGAUAAAGAAUAUGGAGUGUCCCGUGGUGUUGAUUUUAGAAAUGUUGCUUGUGUUUUAAAUUUCGAUUUACCAACAAGUUCAAAAGUUUAUAUUCAUAGAGUUGGUAGAACUGCAAGAGCUGGGAAAUCAGGUAUGGCUUUAUCAUUCAUGAUACCUGAAAAUGAAGUAGGUAAACUUAAAACAGCAAGUUUAUCAACUGCUAAAAAAGAUGAAAAAGUAUUAUCAAAAAUAGUUAAACAACAGUCUAAAAAUGGAUUUGAAAUUAAACCAUACCAAUUUGAUAUGAAACAAGUUGAAGGAUUCAGAUAUAGAGCAGAUGAUGCAUUUAGAGCAGUUACACAAACUGCAAUUAGAGAAGCAAGAGUUAAAGAAUUGAAGAAUGAAUUAAUAAAUUCAGAUAAAUUGAAGAGAUUUUUCCAAGAGAAUCCUAAAGAUUUAGCUAGUUUAAGACAUGAUAAAGAAUUACAUCCAAGUAGGGUUCAAUCACAUAUGAAAAGAGUACCACAGUAUUUAUUACCUGAAUCAGCAAGACAAGAUGUUAAAAAUAUAGGAUUUGUACCAUUUCAUAAAAAUAAAAUACUGAAAAAGAGAAAAGGUAAAGGGAAGAAAAAGAAUGAUCCAUUGAAGUCAUUCAAAAGAUAG